AUGGCAAAUGGCAGCUCGUCCAGUUCUACGUGCCCCUACACCAUCCUUGGCGUCUCCAGGGACGCAUCUCCGCGAACCAUUGAGCGUGCAUGGCGGCAGAAGGCUCGAGUUCAUCAUCCAGACAAGGUGCCCGAUGCCGAGAAAGAGGCCGCCGAGGAGAGCUUCAAGCAGCUUGCUGAGGCACACGAGCUUUUGGCGGAUCCAACGCGCCGGAAGCUUUACGACAGCUUCGGCAUCCAGGACUCUGCUUUUGCUCGUGAUGCCGACGGGCCCGACGAGGACCACAUGGAUGCCAACAAUUUCGCGGACUUGGAGGAGAUGUUAAACCAGUUGAACCAGAUGUUCCAAGGGCCUGGGCCGGUCGAGCCAGCAGAAGAGAGGGACCUCUGGGAUGUUUGGGAGGGGGUCCUUGGCUUCACCCUGCUCAGUAUCGGUGCAGGGGCGCUCGCGGGCGUGAUUCUCAAA